GCUUCUCCUAUAAGAGGCGGCAGCUCCCGUCCGCAGGUGACCCUCUGAACUCCAGUGGCUUUGAGGUCCUCUUUCCAGUGCCGGAUCCUGCCCACUGGGUCAUCUUCAUUCAGAUUCACCAUGAUUGAAGACAACAAGGAGAACAAAGACCAUUCCUCAGAAAGGGGGAGAGUGACUCUCAUCUUUUCCUUGAAGAAUGAAGUUGGAGGACUCAUAAAAGCACUGAAAAUCUUCCAGGAGAACCACGUGAACCUGUUACAUAUUGAGUCCCGGAAAUCGAAGCGAAGAAACUCAGAAUUUGAGAUUUUUGUGGACUGCGACAUCAACCGAGAACAGCUGAAUGACAUCUUUCCCCUGCUGAAGUCCCACACCACGGUCCUCUCUGUGGACUCGCCCGAUCAGCUCCCUGAAAAGGAAGAUGUUAUGGAGACUGUCCCUUGGUUCCCAAAGAAGAUUUCUGACCUGGACUUCUGCGCCAACAGAGUGCUGUUGUACGGAUCCGAACUCGACGCGGACCAUCCUGGCUUCAAAGACAAUGUCUACCGUAGAAGACGAAAGUAUUUCGCAGAGCUGGCUAUGAACUACAAACAUGGGGACCCCAUUCCCAAGAUUGAAUUCACGGAAGAGGAGAUUAAGACCUGGGGGACCAUCUUCCGAGAGCUGAACAAACUCUACCCAACCCACGCCUGCAGGGAGUACCUCAGAAACCUUCCUCUGCUCUCAAAAUACUGUGGCUAUCGGGAAGACAACGUCCCGCAACUGGAAGAUGUCUCCAACUUUUUAAAAGAACGCACAGGGUUUUCCAUCCGUCCUGUGGCUGGUUACCUCUCACCGAGAGAUUUCCUGUCAGGGUUAGCCUUUCGAGUCUUUCACUGCACUCAGUAUGUGAGACACAGUUCGGAUCCUCUCUAUACCCCAGAGCCAGACACCUGCCACGAACUCUUAGGCCACGUCCCUCUCUUGGCUGAACCCAGUUUUGCUCAAUUCUCCCAAGAAAUUGGCCUGGCUUCUCUUGGAGCUUCAGAGGAGACGGUUCAGAAACUGGCAACGUGCUACUUCUUCACUGUGGAGUUUGGACUGUGCAAGCAAGAUGGGCAGCUGAGAGUCUUUGGUGCCGGCCUGCUUUCUUCCAUCAGUGAGCUCAGACAUGCACUUUCUGGACAUGCCAAGGUUAAGCCCUUUGAUCCCAAGGUUGCCUGCAAACAGGAAUGUCUCAUCACAAGCUUCCAGGAUGUCUACUUUGUAUCGGAGAGCUUUGAAGAUGCAAAGGAGAAGAUGAGAGAAUUUGCCAAAACCGUGAAGCGCCCGUUUGGAGUGAAGUACAAUCCGUACACACAGAGCAUUCAGGUUCUGAGAGACAGCAAGAGCAUAACCAGCGCCAUGAAUGAGUUGCGGCAUGACCUCGAUGUCGUCAAUGAUGCCCUUGCUAGAGUCAGCAGGUGGCCCAGUGUGUGAAGGUUUCCAGUGCAGAAAGCCUUUGAGCAUCAGUCCAGAGCCAGGGCCAGUUCUUGCUUCCCCUAAAGACCUCCUUGGGGAGGGACAGCAGCUCCCAGCUUAGCAAUGUCUCUCACCUCUCUGUAACCAAUCACUCACUGUCUCUGAAAACGCAUACCUGGAUGCUCUAGUACUGCUUGUCUUCUACUUCUGUUUUGAUUUCUGUCACCUGCUUAGGGAAAUAUAAUUCACAUGCCACAUGACUCACAGGAUGCACAUUUAAAAUAUUUUAUUUCAUUAAAAUAUAAUUAUAUCGUUCUCCCCCUUCCCUCUCUUCUCUCCAAUCCCUCCCUCUCAAAUUCAUGGCUUACUUUUGAUGGGUGAGUUGCCUGACACUGGCCAGAGCUGGACUCAUGGUGAUGCCGUUUUUUCCCAGUCAGCCAUUAGCAGAUGGUCAGUCUGGAUGCUAUGAUGAGUGUUUCUGUAUCUGUUACCAGCACCGACUUUGUGACAGCCCAGGCAUAGUCACACACUAGACUUCAAGGAGACAAGCUGAAACAGAAGUGCAGAUGGCUUUGCUCUAGAGCACAGCUAGUAAAGAGUAAGCUGGCUUCACGUGCAGUGUCUGACAGGGACAUAGAAAUCACCAGGGCACAGCCAGGCAUGAGGAUGCCUAUGAUAGCAGUGCUUCCUAGCACUUUAUUCCAAAGUGUCACAAGGUGUGGGGCACAGAGGGUAGGAAACGGGGCUGGGAAUGGAGAAGGGCCAAGGAGAGCAGUUUGUAUCAGAUUGUAACUCUGUGAGGGCUGUAAGGAUUGGAGCACGUGUGGUGUCAGCAGUGUAGCCUUGGCAUAAGCAGUUGUAUAAACUUUUCAUUACUGUAACAAAGUGUCAGGGACAAUCAGCUUAUAAAGAGGAAAAGUUUGUUUUGGGUGUUAUGGUCCAUUAGACGUCGUUCCUGUGGUUUAAGCCAGUGGUGAAACAAGGCAUGAUGAGAGAAUGUGGCAGAGCAAACUUCAUAAAGGAUGGAAAGAGAAAAAGUGAAGGGUUUAGAGAAAGAAGAAGAGAGAGAUGGAAUGAGAGAGGGAGAACACACACAUGGGUACGCGCACACACACACACACACACACACACACACACACACACACACACACACACACACGGGGUGAGAGAGAGUCAGAGACAGACAGAAAGAUCCUACAGUACAGUUUAAGAGUUCAUUACCAGGGUAAGAGAGAGGGCUCAGCAGUUAAGAGUACUCGCUGCUCUUCCAGAGGACCCUGCUUUGAUUCCCAGCACCCACACUGUGGCUCACAACCAUCCGUCACUCCAGUUCCAGAGGGUCCAAUGUUUUCUGGCCUCCACAGAUAGCAUGCAAGUGGUGCACAGAUAGAAAUACAGCGACACAUUCAAACACAGAAAAUAAACAUUGAAAGACCCCACCUCUGCCUUUCACAUUAAUAGUAAAAUUAUAUACCAUUGAUCAUGCUUCUUUUCAAGCCCACUAGAUGUAUGUUUAUGCUAGAUUUGUAAAAGACACCUUUUAAGAAUUCAGAGGAAACUACUGAAAACUGUAUUUCAUCCUGUGCUUCUCAAGGAAGCCGGUCGAGAGAGUGUAAUAAAGCCAUCUCAGAACUUUAUAAACACAUUAGCUGCCAUUGAGCAUGCACACAUCAGUAAGUAAAUACGUUCGUUCUGAAAUCACGCCAAGUAUGGACCAGCUAGUUCCCAGUCUGCUUGAUCACCAGGAGAGCACUAUAAAGAAGCCCUAUAGAUAACAAACAUGGGAGAGCAGUCUGCUCUCUCUGGUUAUUUCCGCAAGACUCUGGUGAUGCUGGAGAAUCAGUCACUGGCUUUUAAAAAUGGUUGUGCCCUGACUAAAGCACUUUAAAAUAAACAGUAAAGCCACAACCUUACCAAGUGUAACUUCAAGAUAAUAGAAAUAGUAGGUGAUAGACUUGACCUUGCCUUGGCUCUGGUUCUGCGAUAUUUGGCAGAUCAGGGUUCCAAGAGCCUCAGAGUUUUCAAAACACCUAAGAACCUUUUAAUAAUUAUGCAAACACCAGGACAGACUCAAACCAAAAGCAUGGCCUGUAAUUCUUUCCCAGAGAGAGCCAUUCCUUGACAGUAGCAGUAUGCGUGACUUUUUGAAGAAGACACAAAUGCUAAUCUUCAGAAUGCCUGCAUUCCUUAAUCUCAUGCUUGGCAUUUAGAAUUACAUAAGUAGCAAGAUACAGCAAAAUGCACAGGAUUACUGCUCAUUUUAAAGUUGGCUUCCAAACCAGAGAAAGAAAAAAAAGCACUCAAAACACUCAAUAACAGAGACCGUAUGUUAAUUUCCAGGACGUGGAUAGAGAUAACUGUGAUCUGUUUCACUCUCGUCUUCGUGUUACUGUGGUGUAUACAUGUAUAAUUUAAACGUUUGUUAUUCCACUGGGUAAUAAACUCAAAGUUCAUGAUCUU